AUGGCCUCGCUCGUCGUUCUUGGCCUCGCCGCCCUCGCCACCGCUGCUCCCCCGCCAACCACAUCCGACGGCUUCAAGCUCCAAAUCCAAGUCACCGACCUCAGCCAGGACUAUACCCCGCCCAUCCACUCCAAGUACGUCGUCGGGGUGCACAUUGGCGCCGGCAUGGACAUGGUGACGCCCGCGCUGCACGACGAGUUCUCCCUAUUCCACACCAACGGCACCUACGCGGACCUGUGGGCGGCGCGCGGCACCAUCGUGGCCGGCUUUGGCCCGUACGCGCAGGCGUGGCGCAACGUGCGCAGCCCCGACGACGCCAACCUGUCGGGCUCGAUCCUGCAGUACGGUCCCGGCACCGAGGGUGUGAGAGUCAUCUUUGAUCGCGGGGAUCUGAUGCUCGGACCUGGCCAGUACAUGGUCUGCGACCGCAAGCUGCCAUACGGACUGUCGGUGGAAAUGACGACGGCGGCGCUGCCAGAGGCGUGCAUCGCGGUGACACUGCUACCGGUGUGUGCGGACCUGAACGAUUCGACGGACCGGGAGGGACAGACAGUGAGCCCUACGCGCUGCAAGAAGAACUAG